CAAGUUCGACUUUUGGGGCUACACGGGCAGCAGCCGCACCAGCCACUUCGGAGAUGCCGGUCAUGCAACGGCAGGAGGCAAACACCUUUCCUUCGCACCUUUCCUUCGCCCCCUGCGAGUUCAUCACAGCACUUCCCCUCCUCCGCCCAUCUCACCAUCCGUGCUCAUUAUAGCGCUUCCUGGUGCCGAUAUCAUAGACUGCGAGCCGCCGGAGGAGGCGCGCGAGUUUCUUUUACGCAAGGAGUGCGACGAGGUGAAUCGGCAAUCAACUAGUUCAGAUGAUGCCAGCGACGCUGAGUGCAAGAGAAGGAGGGUGACGGCGUCUCAGGCGCGCAGAUGGCCGGGCUGCAGGCGACCGCGUUUAUGCACACCAGUGGGAAUCGGCUGGCGUCUGAGGGUCGCGAAUUCGUACAAGGAUUCAGCCUUCCGGGCGAGGCUGAGAAGGCGGCGAAGAUCUUGGACAGGUUCCUUGCCGACCCCGAGAGACCAGAGUCUGCACUGAACUCGAUCCCGAAAACCGUCUUGCAGAACGCCCGCGGCCUCGCCAUCUUCCAGGUCAACAAGGCCGGCUUCGUCUUCUCUGGCAAGGCCGGCUCCGGCCUCGUCAUUGCGCGCCUCCUCGACGGAUCCUGGUCCGCGCCCUCCCGGACAUCACCGAUCUCGUCAUCGUGCUCAACAGCGAGGACGCCGUCCGCGCGUUCUCCGUGGGCGGCAACGUGACCAUCGGCGGCAACAUCAGCGCCGCAGCGGGGACCAUCGGCACGGGCGGCAGCGUGCAGGCGUCGCUCGCGCACCCCGCGGUCGAUGUUCUCGUACUCGAAGUCGAAGGGCCUGUUCGCCGGCCUGAGCCUUGAGGGGACGGUCCCCAUUGAGCGCAAGGACGCAAACCGCGGCUUCUACGGCUCGCCCGUGCCCGCGCGCGAUAUCCUCGGUGGCCGCGUCCCCCCUCCUGAAGUUGCGUCGUGGUUGUACGAGAUUAUUGAGGCUGCGGACGAGACAGGCAUCCCCCGGUUCGCGCCCGCAUCAUCUCGCGCGAUGGUAGGCGUAGAACAUUCACCCGGGCGCGCGGGAGCGCGGGAGCGGCCUUCGCGCAGGCGGUUGAGCGUGCGCGAGGGGUUAUCUCGAUGA